AUGCCGCACACCAGUUCUAUCACAUAUCUACCACUUCCGAGCUGGCUAGAAGCCUCUGUCGAAGAAGCAAGAAGCGCAACUUCCAACACAGUGGUCUCCGAUUCACAAAGAUGGGCUUUUGAAUUUGAACUACCUGUUAAUGAGGGUGUUAAACGGGUGGUGGAUGAGGUGAAGAAAGUCUAUCUGGAAAACUCGCCAUCCGAGGUUUCUUUCUUAUCUUCGCACGGGGCUGUUUUUAAAGGAAGUUGGAGGUCAGGGGGACUAGUUGACACUAUAAUUGUUCCACUUAUGGGUUAUGACACGGAAGUGACUGCAAGAAAUGAAGGCGGGAAAGAGAUAAAAGUAGAUUGGAAUUGGAAGAACGCCAUACUUGUGUCAAGGCAUACAGUUUUUAGAAUUGAAGGAGAAACAAAGAUUGGCGCUGUGAUUAUCACACUAAGACGGUAAUUAUGGAUAAGAAUGUACAGUUAUUUAAGCAUU